AUGGCUUCUCAUUCCAUGGCUACUGCUCAACCCUGUUCUGGUUAUGGUGUUUUUUUAAGUUUCCGAGGUGAAGACACUCGUGAUGGUUUUACAGAUCAUCUCUAUACAGCCUUGACUCAAUCAGGAAUCCGCACUUUCCGGGAUGAUGCAACAGAGAGAGGAAAACUGCUGAAGCCAGAGCUGAAGAAAGCUAUCGACAAUGCUGCAAUAUCACUCAUUGUCUUCUCAAAAAACUAUGCAUCCUCCAUGUGGUACCCAUCUGAUGUCCGAAAUCAAACAGGAAGCUUUAAAGAAGCAUUUGAUGCGUAUGAUGAUGAAAUCAAUGCAGAAACAGACCUUGAAAAGAAGAAAGAAUUGCUGGAGAAGGUGGGGGCAUGGAGAUAUUCUCUUAAAGAAGCUGCAAACUUCACAGGAAUGGUAUUUAAAGAUGGGUACGAGUCCAAAUUCAUAAUCAACAUCGUGAAUGUUGUAAGAAAGAAACUGGACUACAAAUCCCUUUACAUUGAGGGGAAACUAGUGGGAAUAGAAGAUAGUGUUGCUGAGAUUGAAUCAUGGUUACAAGAUCCGUCACCUGAUGCAGUAGUCCUUGUGAUUGAUGGGAUGGGAGGCAUUGGGAAAUCAACCAUAGCCAAAUGCAUAUUUAACUUAAACUCAUGUAACUAUGAUGCCAGUUGCUUUCUCGCAGAUAUUAGCGAGACCUCAGAUCAACCCGGUGGAUUGCUUCGCUUGCAAACUCAGCUUCUUUCCACAAUUUUGAAGAGUGAAAAGGAAGAAAUGAUAUGGAACAUUCAUGAAGGAACCAGUAAGAUUGAAAAUGCCAUACACAUGAAAAAGGUACUUGUUAUCCUUGAUGAUGUUGCAACAUUAAAACAGUUGGAUGUUUUACUAGGACCUAAAAGGUUUGCCCCUGGAAGUAAAGUGAUCAUAACAACUAGGCACAAGUGGUUGUCAACCGCCUUCACAGUUCGUCCUAAGGUUCACUCUGUUAAAACAUUAUCCACGGAUGAUGCUGUUGAGCUCUUUAGUUUUUAUGCCUUUCAUCAAGAUCAUCAACCCAUUCAACCCUACAUUUUCAAGUCGGAUCCAUUUGUUCGUUAUUGCACAGGUCUUCCUUUGGCUCUCAAAGUAUUGGGUUCUUCCCUACGUGGAAAGACAGAUGAUGAAUGGGAAGAUACAAUGCGCAAGCUUGCUGCAAUUCCUCAUCCCGGGGUUCAGAAUGUUCUAAAAAUAAGUUAUGAGACUUUGGAAGAUGACACGGUUAAAGAUUUAUUCUUGCAUGUUGCUUGUUUCUUUGAGGGUGAGGAAAAAGACUACAUUGUGAAGCUAUUGGACCAAUGUGAUCUAUACCCUGUGGGUGGGAUCAAGAAUCUAAUGGAUAGAUGUCUAGUUUAUGUUGAAGAUGGGAGAGUGAUGAUGCAUCAAUUGAUCAAGGAGAUGGGACGAGAAGUUGUUCGCCAGGAAUCACCAAAGAAUCCUGGGAAAAGAAGUAGAUUAUGGGACCACCAGGACUGUAUUGAUGUGUUGCAAGACCAUACUGGUACAAACAAAGUAGAGGGAUUCAUGCUUGAUAUGCAGAAGAUCAAGGAAACUAAAUCAACACUUGGAUUUGAAGCCUAUCUUGGGAAAAGAAUGCAUGGAAAUGAUGCAAAGUUCAAAAUUGGUGCGCUGGAAAAGAUGAAGAACCUAAUGCUGCUUCAACUAAACUAUGUAACGUUUUCUGGGAGAUACAAGAAACUGCCAAAAAAGUUACGAUGGUUGAGUUGGCAUGGAUUUUCUUUAAAAGCUAUACCAUGUGACAUUUCUUUGGAGAAGCUGGUGGUUCUCGACAUGAGUUACAGCAAACUAAAGCGAGUUUGGGAUGGCUACAAGUUUAUCGGAUCACUAAAAAUCCUGAAGCUUAGCUAUUCUGUUGAGCUAAUCGAAACCCCUGAUUUUUCUGGACUCCCUGGUCUUGAGAGCUUGAUCCUGAAAGGGUGUUCGGGUUUACUCCGGGUUGGUGAAUCGAUUUCAUACCUUAAAGAACUAGUCUUGUUGGAUCUAACCAAUUGUAGAAGCUUAAGAGACUUUCCAUGCUUACCUACAUCCAUUGCAUCGCUUCAAAUGUCUGGUUGCCCAUUCCUUGGAGCUCUUGGAUGCAUCCAAAGCUUUGGUUCACGUCCAUCUGUAUCAUUUUCUUUUUUGAAGAAAGCAAAUUUCUCAUUUUGCAAUCUCUUUGAUAAUUCCUUCCCAAAUGACUGGAGUGGUCUGGUCUCACUUGAAGAUUUGAAUAUAAGUGGCAACUAUGUUACUUCCUUACCAAACUGUAUUCAAACCCUACCUACAAUACGGAGGCUCAGUGUUGAAAGGUGUUCAAAAAUCCAAUCAAUUCUAGGUCUCCCAGAAUUUGUCCAUACAUUGUAUGCCAACUACAAUAAGUCGUUGGAAAAAGUACAGCCUGCAAAAACUUCCAUGACUGCAGUCUACCAACAUAACUGCCCAAAAUUGUGCGAAGUGGAGGGUCGUUAUAAGCUUCAAUCAGUAGAUAAAGUUGAUAGAAAAAUCGUACGUUAUUUGGGUUUAGAAGAAUCAAAUGCAGGUGAAAGAACAGACUUGUGUCUUCAGGUGUUACAUGAGUUUGGUAUAUUCAGCACCUAUGUUCCAGAGAAACAGAUCCCUUCGUUCUUCAUGUAUAAAAAAAAGGGCAAACAAAUUUCAUUCAAAGUUCCUUGGCAUCAUAACAAUUUGAGAAUAAAUGGCUUCAAUAUGUGUGUCGUGUUCUAUCAUUUAAACAAAUGCUGUCCUUUUUUGAAGAUUGAAGUUUAUAAUAAGACUGAGCAUGUGUGGUGGACAUACCAAAAAAAGAAUCAAGAAAUCCCUAGGACUGUGGAAAAGCUCGCAUGGUUAAGCUUUUGGAGGUGUGGCAAUCUAUUGGAGGCUGGAGAUGAGAUUUUUAUACACAUCAUUAUGGGUCCAGGUGUAGUAGACGAAUGUUGUAUAAACUUAAUAUACGAAGGCGAUGACGAACAGCAAUUACUUGAUGGGGAAACAAAACAGGUUCAUCUUGUCAAUGCAUCUGAUCAAAUGUUGUGGACAGACAGAAUGAAUAGAGAUAUAUCGAAUUUUGUUUUUAGGGGGAAGAGGUUUGAUUUCUUCAAUAAUAAAUGGCCUUUGUAA